GUCGGCUGUACCCUGACAAAGCACUUUGGAAUGGGGGGAGGGGUGGGCGCGACGCUCACCUGAGCCAGCUGUGCAACACCUGGCUCAAAUUUCUGCGGUGAGAAUGUGUGGGCUGGGCCAUUGCUGUUCAAAGCCAUUCCUAAACUCAGUGGAUGGCAGCGUAGUGUUGUUAGAGCGGCUGACGGUUAAACUCCCAAAGAUACCAUACGUAGCUAUUUUCUUCGGGAUUACUAGCUAUUUAAGCGGCGGACACGAUUUCUGAGGAUAGAUCUUUAAGUGACUUGGAUGAACGAAGUAAAGAAUUAGGUAGGAAUAGAUGGACUGAUGUAGUGUCUGUGUGGUGGUGAGGUGGUGUGAGGGAACCAGAGGUCAGCGGUCACUAUCAACAGCCAUGGCUUCACAGGCCAGCUAUGGCAGCAGUAUGCUGUUCCAGAAUAUGAAUGAAGAAUUGAAUGCAUCACUUGCCACUGCUGAUGAACUAUCUCGUGAAUUUGACUCCCUGAUGAAGGAGUGUGCCCCCAAUAACGACACACCAGAGCCGUCCAGUGAGCCGAACCAAAGGAUCCGUAUCAACAGCAGAAGCCCUUUGCCUCUCUCUUCAGACCAGGAGGGGUCAGGAGGGAGCAGCAGCAGCAAUGCCAGCUCCUCAGCCUACAUGCCCACUGUUAGCACCCACAGGCCUGGGCCAGGGGCUGGGGACCUGGUCAUCUCCGACAGGUUUACCCCGCCGGACCCCCCUCCGGUCCGACGGGAUCAACCGGCCUCCAGCUAUGCCCGUGGUCAGCUAACCCCUCCAUUCCAUUCUCCCCACACCCAGAGGCGUCAUUCCCCCCACACCCAGAGGCGUCAUUCCCCCUCCCGUAGAGUGAGCUCUGACCGCAGCCCUUGUGGGUCUCUGACUUACAGUCCUUCAUCAAAUCCUGGAACUCCUACAUAUGAUCUGUCUCCUGGUAUGAUGCUGCUUCCCACCCCCUCUUUGGACCCUACCCACAUGGGGCGUCAAUCACCACGCAGGAGCCCCUCCCCUCAGCCCUUCGCCCAAUCAGCUGCUAGCACUCUGCCACGGAACUUUAUGCCCUUUAAACAAACAGAUGAGUCUGCACAGAGACCAAAGAUCCAUGGCAACUGGAAUGAAUCAGACCUAGAUGUUUCAUAUGAGAGAAAACCUAAUCAUACUUAUGAACAGACUGAUUGGCGCAGACCUGCUCUGCCCAAAGGCAACUGGAGAGAGUCCAACCUGGACGGCCCUCCCCCUGCAUCCAGUAAGGACCAUGUCAGUCGUCAGUUGCAGUCACAUCACAGCUCUUUGCCAAGAAACACUCACAUAUCCGUUGCCCCUGACCAGCCAAUCAUAUCACGCAUCUCCAUUCCACCCUCAACACCAAAAAUGCGACAGCAUAGGCCUAUCCCGCUGUCAGUCAUCAUGAGGCUUCAGAACCCUCAUUCUGCUGCCAGGACCCAUUACCCAAGAGUCACUGGACCAGAAGUGGAUCCAGCCUUCUACUUCCAGCACCUCCCCACCAGAGACUUCCAGCACCAUUACCACCCACAAGAGCUCCAGCAGAGAACCUACUAUGGGGAAGAGCUGAAACCAUAUGAAGUGGACUCUGAACUGGAAAACCUGGACCCUUUGGUAGGAGCCUAUCAUUCCAAAUAUGAUGGUCCAGUGCAUUAUGCUGGGCAGGAGCCUGAGACUUCAAGCUUGGUUCGGGCCCCUCGGCCACUCAGUCCCACACGCCUGCAGCCUGUUCUGGCCCCGCAGGACCAAUCAGUACCCGCCCUGGAGGAGCUGUUACGGAUCCGAGGCGAGAUCCCCAGAGCACUGAAGCGCCGCGGCUCAGUGGAGCAGUCACAACCCCUGAGGAAGAGCCUAGUCAUCCAGCCCAACCAGUAUAAGCAGAUGAUCAACAAGCUGUUCCACAAGAAGGGCCUCCAUAACAAGGGGGAACCAGGGAGUGACUACAGCAGCUCUUCAGAUGGAGAGGAAAACCUUUCCCCCCGCACAUCAAACACUGCCCCUGUUCCAAACAUAGCAGUCACCCUUGAGAACAAGGGUCUGAACUCCAUCUUAAGGCGGAGGAGCCAGAAGAGCUCUGGCCGACACGCUCGCCUCAGCCCCCUGGUGCUGCUGCUGGACGGUGCUCUGGUGGGGGAGCUGGACACUGUGCAGAGAGCUGUGCAAGAGAUGAGCAACCCCAGUCAACCAAAUGACGAGGGCAUCACCGCUCUACAUAAUGCCAUCUGUGGAGGCCACCAUGCAGUUGUUGACUUCCUGGUACGGAUUGGAGCUAAUGUUAGUGCACCUGACAGCCAUGGCUGGACCCCACUGCACUGUGCAGCCUCCUGUAACGAUAAGGCCUUGUGUGAGUACCUGGUGCGGAGUGGGGCAGCUGUGAUGGCAGUGACGGAGAGCGAUGAGGCUACUGCUGCUCAGAAGUGUGACCCCUAUGCUCACGGCUAUGAUGAGUGUGAGAACUUCCUCAGAGGCGUGGAAAGCGCCAUGGGUGUGGAGAACAGCGGUGUGCUGUAUGCCCUGUGGGGCCUCUCAGCGCAGGCCUCCGAUGAGCUGAGCUUCAGAGAGGGAGACAUGGUAACCAUCCUCCAGAAGCCUGAGGGGGUGGACUGGUGGUGGGCAUCGCUCUGUGGCAGAGAGGGCUUUGUGCCCAACAACUAUUUUGGGCUUUUCCCAAAGGUCCGGCCUAAGACUCUAUGCUAGACUACAACACCUCCUCCACUUUUUGGACUUCGAGGCAUUUUCACUGAGGCAAACCAUACAUUAUCUUGAAUGGACAUUAAUAUAAAAUGAUACAAGCGUCUAAUGACUGUAGUUAUAUGUGUGUGGUAUUCCAUUUUAUACAUUUGAAUUAUUGUAAUUUGUAACUAUGACACACACAAUCCAACCAAUCAUGCCUACUCACCAUGAGAAAAUGUACCAUUGAACAUUUGAGGACUUCAUUCUUGCAGCUUUUUCAUAGUCAUAUUUUGUCAUGCUUCAACUGUAAUAGGAAGGCUUAUUCACUGGCAUUUUCACUUUUCACUGGCUUUUUCACUGGCACUACACUUACAUUCAGCUGUGUGUGAAGCAGGUAAUGUGCUAAACUGCAGGAUUGCAGGAUCAUCAAGAACUAGCAGAGAGCAGGGGCCUCUCUCUAUCAGCUGAUCUCAGAUCCGUCUGUACUGCUGAAACCAGUGUUUUCCAUUGAGGUCUCUGUGGUAUAAGUAGUAUAUUGUCUUCUGUAGAAAUUCAGCCAGUUAUGAAAUCUGUCAGUUUAGUGUCAUUUUAGACUUAUUUUUCAGAUGUUUUAACAGUUUUUUGUUGUUGUUGUUUUUGUGUAUUUGUAUGGUGAACAAGUGCAGUGAUAAUGUUCAUUCACUGUAAAUCGUGAACCUUUUCUUUAAGGGGCACGCACAUUUCUAGAACAUUUGACAAAAAUCGACAUAAGAUGGUUACAUUUAGCUCCUAGUUGGAGAUCUAUAGUCUUUAUUUUGCAUAUUUAUGCAUUUUGACGCUUGCUAGCUUAAGGCUCCAAAGAGAACAUUUAAGCCGUGCACAGUCAGUGGUGCUACUGAAGGGGAGAAAGAAGAGGGACGUGUUUGUAAGCAGACUGAAGCCACAUGUAGUAUAUCAUGUACACAUGCCAUAUAUCCAUAUAUCAAGAGAUGGGGGGGGGGGAGAGAGAAGGAGGAAGGAGAGGCAGGUCCCUGGCAGCCUAGGCCUAAAACAGCAUAACCAAGGGAUGGUGCACACUGGUCCAACACCGUCACAAGGGGGCGAGCUAGAGCUGACAAUAUCCAAAUACACAUGGCAGGCCAGUCACAGCAAUGCAGGAGUGAAAACAAUGAGCCCACCAUGAGUGCCAGAUUACCAUACCUAACUGUGGGAUGUACUAAAAAGGAAAACACAACUGCAGUCUAAUCUUUUUGCAGGGUUUUUUCAUUGUCUAUUUAAACUGUGUUCUGUGUGCUUUUGCCAUAGCUAGUAGCUGUUAAAAAAACGCAUACAACAGAAAGGAUGAGAGGAGAUCACCCUUGAGCUGUUACAGGCAAACAUCAUAGGAUUUAACACUGACAUCUGGAAGCAACAGACCAACAUUAAAAACAGUAUAUUCCGUCUCAUAGUAGUAGUAAAUGUUUGCACAAACUUUAAUCAUAUUGACUCAUUAAAUGUACAUUUGGGUGUGUAUCCGUUAUGUAUUACUACAUGAACAAAGCGAUUAAUAAAUACCUACUGUAA